UGUGAGGUGCAGCUGCAACUUCUGGGUGUGAGUUUAGACCUUAGGACACAUUUUGGAGGAGGCUGGUUCCGUAACGGGCGUGGUUAGAGUUUCUGGGAGGGCCAGAAUGGUGGGCGGGGUUAGGGCUUCCAUUGGCGUUAGGCUCUGGGGUGGGACCACGGGAGCCGGUUUGGGUGGGAGUUCCUAACGCUGGUGAAGGGCGCAGCCACCUGUGGCUGCAUUCCGUGCUGGAACGAGUGGGGUGCAGAGGAGAAAAGGAAUGGAGCCUGGAAUACAGAAGGUGAAGCGAGGGAGAGAAGAGGACGGAAUCAAAUGCUGGAGUAUAGCCUCAUUUUGUGUAAAAUCAAGCUGGAACUGGAGUGAGGCUUGCAAGGGUCUAGCAUAGAGAUGGGGAUCGUAGCAUGGCUAGAUUACUGGAGGACUGAGUACCGAAAGAGACCGGGGUUAGAGCGCGGAGAGGAAGUCUCAAAAAGAGGACAGAGGAACUAAGCCUCAGAGCGGGCUUGUAUUUAAAAGGCGUGGGUAUAAUACAGAAGCCUCGCAGUAGUCAGCUGGGCCGACACCUGCCUUUGAGGGAAAAAAAUAGGCAUUGCAAGUCUGGGGCGGGGCCAGGACGGCUUGGUUAAGCCUUAGCUUGAUGCUGAUUGGCCGGAGGCUGAGGAGGGGCGGGCCUGGAGAGCAGAGGUGGGCUAACCAUGAGCGGGCGUGACCUGGCAGGGGAGCAGUUGGACCAGAAAGAUUUAGGGCCGAGAGGCAGUCCUCCGAAAGGGGCUGGCCCUAGAGUGUGGGUGGGGUCUGCGCUGCCGCUUCACAGGCCAAGUGGGCUGUGGAGAUGCGGGGCACGAGCUGCGUGGGCGGCGGUGGCGAGAGCCCGGGUGGCUCGGGGCUGAGCGAAGGCCCGCGGGGUCGCUGGCUGCGCCUGGCCCCUGUCUGCGCCUACUUCCUCUGCGUCUCGUUGGCCGCGGUGCUGCUCGCUGUCUACUAUGGUCUCAUCUGGGUUCCCACGCGGCGCCACGCGGCCCCCGCAGGCCUGCAGCCGAGCGCACCCUCCCCUCUGUGCGCUGCCCGCCAGGGUGCGCCGCCUGCACCGGCGCCCGCCGCUGCCUCGGUCUCUUGCCUCCUAGGAGUCCCUGGCGGGCCGCGACCCCAGCUUGAGCUGCCACGCAGCCGCCGCCGCCGCCACAGCGACCCCAGCCACCGCCCAAGCCACCAGAUGCCCCGGGAGACGCAGGAAGCCGUGGAGGGGCGAGGACCGGGGUAACCAUCCCUUCCACCCCAAGUCGGCCGGACCACCGGCCCUCGAGAGGACGUGCCCCCACCGUGGAUGCAGGGUCCAGGCUGGGCCAAGACUCUCUUCAUGAAAUCGCCUGGCGCCUCUGGAGCUGUCAUCCUCACGAAUGGGGGGUGAAGGGGAGCGGGCUCCGGGCCUCGCCCUUCGCAGCAUCUCCGGUGUCCGGCUGGGUCCUCCACCAUCUGGCAGAACACAUCCUGACCUCUCUCUCCCCCCCCGUCCUUCCCUCCAUAGGAUCUGAGCCCAGAGCCCACAGCCGGCCCCCCUCCUCUCUGGAUCGCGGUGUCCUUAGGCUCACCUGCAAUAAACUCCUGUCCCAACUGC